UUCAGCCAAUCAAAUUUGUGAAUUUGGUAGUUCCCAGUCCUUGUGAGACACAGCCAUAUAAUAAUAUUUAAUACAGAUGAGUGUGCACCUUGAAUUUAUCGUAGGUGUGGCCUUGACCCUAACUUCAUACAGGCUUGGUAAAGAAGGAUUGUCAAUGUAGUCAGUCGUGAAUGACUUUGCAUGGUAAAUGCUUGAUUUGCAGAUCUACUUGUAUUUGAGUUAAUCUCUUCAACAGGAUAUUCUGUGAGUCCAUCAGAACUUGUGAAACUUUUACAUGGCCAUUAAGUAAAUUCUAUCAAUUGUAUAGAAAAAAAAGUACAAAGUGAAAUAAAGAGAAUGUUUCAACAAACUGAGAAUGUGCUAUGCAAAUGAUUAUUGGAUGUACAUGUAAAUUAAAAUACUUAGAGUUCUCUAUAUGAGAAAAGAGUAAAAUUUGUAAAUGGAAUCAUGGUAGAGAAACCUGAUUUUCCUUAUCUCCCCAGGUCUUGAACAGAACUAUGUGACGAUAAGUUUUCUGCAGUUGUAUUUUGCUUACCAAGCUAGCAAAGGUUUGAGGUUCACUUUGCCUCCGGAUUGGGUGACCUGUGGUAACGAAUGCGUGACAAUUCACUAGAGUCCAGGCUUUUCGUCUCUCUCGACCACUUCCGCUAAGGAACGCAACUAUAAAAGGAAUGCAGUGAAAUCCUGAGAUUUGUCGCGAUUGAACUGUUUCCUAAAAGGUGAGGAGCUCCAAUUAGAAAAUAUGGCAGAGACUGAUACACCCACUGACAUUAUUGUUGUUCUUGGCUGCCGAACCAGUGAUGAUGGUUCUCCUUCGGAGAUGUUGAAAUCUAGAGUAAAUCAAGCAGCGGAGCUGUACACUUCACUACGACAAAAAAAAACUGACUGUCGAGUUGUUGUUUCAGGAUUCUGCGCACAAGAUCAGGUUGUGACAGAGGCCAGUGCCAUGGAAAAAUAUGCAGUUGAUAACAAUCUUAUUGAUCCAAAACACAUCAUUAAGGAGGAACAGGCAAGCAGCACAGCAGAAAAUUCCUAUUACAGCCGCAUUAUUGUAGAUCAGUUUGAGGCCAGUAAUGUCCAUGUUGUCACGACACAGUUGCACAUGGAAAGAGCGAAGAUAUUUUUUGAAAGGCUCUAUUCACCAGACAUUUACAAUGUAAAUUACUAUGAGUGCACACAUGAGAUGAAUGAUGAAGAGAGGAAACAUAUGGAAGAUAGAGAAGAACGUUUAUUCCCCUUAAUAGAUGAACAUAUCAAAAUAAUAAUGUCCAAACUUACACUGCCUGAUGGAAAGAUGAUAGAAAUCCUUCAGUCAUCAUUGGUUCCAACAGACGUGUUCAAUCACGGUUUCACAACAAGAUAUGGCGGUGUCUCAACCUACAACACGUUAUCCUCCCUUAACUUGAUGUACAGUGAUAAAAGAAGAGACCCAGAUGUCAAUGUCCAGGAGAAUCGGCGUAGACUAGCCUUGACUGCGAGAUUUGACCCUGAGAAAUUUCGUGUAGCUAAAUGUGUUCAUGGGGCUGAUGUGUGGGUGAUUGGAGAUCCACAACCAAACAGCUAUGAUGCCUUAGUGACUGAUAACAGGCAAGUCACAUUGGCAGCACCAGGUGCAGACUGUCCUGUGGUGCUGUUUUGUGAUCCAGUGAAAAAGGUUUGUGGUGUUGCUCACUCUGGGUGGCGUGGAACACUAGCAAUGAUUGAUGCUGCUGUUGUUGAUGUAAUGUUGACAAGGUUUGAAUGUAAAGUAAAAAAUAUUCAAGUUGCUAUUGGACCUUCAAUUGGCCCAUGCUGCUUUGAAGUUGGGGAAGAAGAAGCUGAAAAAUUUUCUGAAGCAUUCAAUGAUGGUGUUGUGGUGCGAAAGGAUGGUUCACCACGCCCAUUUGUUGAUCUACGCCUUUCCAUCAGAAUGCAACUUGAGAAAAAAGGAGUACUUCCAAAGAAUAUUGAUGAUGAUACAAGAGUAACUGAUGAUGCCUCAAAAUCUCAGCACCCAACCCAAUGUACAAAAUGUGACCCCCAGCAAAGAUUCUUCUCAUUCCGACGAGAUGGUACACAGUUUGGAACACAAGUUGCUUUUAUAAGUCUCAGAGAAUCAGAUGAUUCUGCCUGUAACAUUUUAUAAUUUACCUGAUCAAUUAGUGAACUGAGUGGGAAUUUUUGCCACAUUAAAAUUAUUGUAUAAAUUGGAUAGUGCAUAGGAGAGGUCAAAUACAAGGAAAAAACAGGAAAGCAUGUUUUUUUUAUUUCAAUGUGUGUGUGCAUUUAAUAAAUUGUGGUUAAGUCAGAUUCUGCUAUUGACACAAUACAGCAAUCUGAUGUAUGAAAGCUUUGAAGGAGUCUUGGACAAUGAAACCCUAACUCACAACCCAAAAUAUAUCAUUAAGACAAAGGGGGCACUUUCCUCUUCAUGAUACUCUACUCUACUUUAGAUAAUAUUUUCCUUCAGUUCAAAACCAGUAUGUGUAUAUAAAUAGCCACAAAAGCACUCCCUCUAGUCUCUGGCUCUUACAUGUGUUCCAGCUACAAUUAAAUUAAGUGCUCAGCUCUAAGCACAUUCUUUCUCGAAAGAGUCAUAGAAAAGGCAAAUACCACAUUGCUACACCUACAAUGAAGUAAUUAAAUUCCUUCUUCAUCUCACAGCCAGUGUGUGCUUUUGUUGGCAGUAAAAUCAUUCACUUCAGUUUAGAACCACUUCAUAAUGUAUCCCAGUUACAACAAAAGCAUAUUUCAGGCUGCCUGGUUGACUUUUAUAUUGGAGUCUGGCUACAUAAUGUUCAAGCAUAAUUUUUAAGCCUUUUCAACAUUUUCUUCACUGGAAAGAGUACGAAAGGAAGCAAUUAUAGUGUUAAUGACAAAUUUGGAAGUAAAUUCUCUACAGGUGCAUAAUUGGAGAAUGUGAAAUGAAUGUAUUUUAUAGAAUGCAGAUAGCUAAAUUUUCUGCAGUAGUUUUUAUUUUUAAACAAAGUGUAAUUUAAGGGCAGAGUACUUUAAUAAAGUUAUUCAAGAGUUUGAAA